CCAAACGACGCGUACAAAGAACCGCACCCACACCACGUCGGAGCUGCGCGUUGAGAGCGAGAGCCUGCGGUGAUUGGAUUGGAUGGCGGUGCGCUCGCCAGGAACCGGUGACCUCGAAGGCCCGGUCGCUGAGCAGGAGGAGCUCGUCCGCCGGAGGUUGGAAACUGCCGAGGAAGCCGUCGGAAAAUGGGGAUCACGGGGCGGGUCCGACGCCGGGGGCGGCGGCGUCUCCGAUUCCCCUGAGCUCGCAGCGGCGGUCAGGGAGCUCAUCAGCCUAAGUUCAGGCGGCGGUUCCAGCGGCCAGCGCGCCAAGAUGGCCUUACAGGCAGCAAUGGUGCAUCUUGAAGAUGAGUUCCACCAAGUUCUUAUUUCAGGCACAUAUUUUCUCCCCCCUGACAGUCUUCAAGCAUCUCUACAUGACAGCAUUGCCCUUCCUGAUCGAUCCUUCUCAUUCUCAUCAUUUCCCAACUUGGAGGCUCUCAGCAUAUCCUCAUUCACUGCAACUACUGAUGACAGCAGGACAUAUUGUAGCGGGUUUACUAUAGAUUCUGUGUCCAUGGAAAAGCUACACCUGUAUCUCAUUGACCCUGAAGUUUCAAUCCUGCUAAAGGAGAUUGCUGAACUCAUUAUCCUUGCUGGUCAUGCCACAAAUCUUUGCCAUGUUUAUAGUGAAACCCGUCACAACACUCUAAUGCAGUGCCUUUGUCUGCUCGGUGUUCAAAGUGAACAUGCAGCAGCUACUGCUGAAGAUGGAUGCAGCAUGCAGUCAGAUAGUCACAAAGUGAAACUGUGGAUCCAAGGACUCAAAAUAUUUUUUGGCACAGUACUUCCUGAGGAGCGCCGCGCUUGUGCUCAUAUUUUUGGGUGCAACAGCAUGGUUGAAAAGGAUUGUUUCACUAGAGCCACCACAGGUUGUACUAAGCAACUGUUUGUGGUUGGAAGUGCAAUAGCCCAAGCGAAGGACCAGGACUAUGAAAAAGUUCCCUUAAUCCUAGAAAUGUACGAGGAACUUGCAGAGCAUCAACCAAGCCUACAAGACCAGUUGUUUGAUGAUGCCAACGACAUGAUCAGUGAGGAGGCCAGCAUGCUUCUCGGCAAGCUUGGGGAAGCAGCACUUGGUCUACUGUUGGAUUUCUUGAGUUUACAGUUGAAACAUGAUCUAGAUGAAAAAACUGCACUUGACGGAAAUAUCCUUUCAUUGACACAAUUUGUCAUGGGCUUCGCCAAAGUACUUGCUGAGUACAAUGGCUCACUUAAUCUUAUUUUAGCCCUUCGGGAGAAGGAGGCUGAAGAUGGCACAAAGAGAACUGCUAUGUCACCCUGGGAAUGGUAUGUGCUCAGGCUGCUUUCUCAUUUGCAGUUGAGGGUCGUGGAGAAAUCUAAAUUUUACAAGGAUGAACGCUUGCGUUACAUAUUCUUGAUGAAUAAUGCAAUGUAUGUGCUUGAACACUCACAUUCUUCGGUUCUCAGAAUGUCCUUGAGGGAGAAUCAAACCCAUGAAAAGUUCGUCCUACUGGUGGAGGAGUAUGCAACAGCUUACCUUCGAGCUACAUGGUUUCCAGCUCUCUUUCAUUUAAAAGUGACAGAAUUAAAAGAAGCGAAAGAAUUAAAGGAAAACUUUAAGAAGUUCAACUCGGCAUUGGAGGAGAUAAGCAAGGUUCAAACGACAUGGAAAGUCCCUAACCCUCAACUUAGGCAACACUUGCGGAUAAUUAUAUUGAAUCAAGCUGUUCCAGCUUAUCGUUCGUAUAUAGGACGUUUCCAUACAUUUAUAGAUAAGUACGUAAAGUACACUCCUGAUGAUAUAGAGAAUAUUGUCCUGGACCUGUUUGAAGGUUAGGAGAGGUGAACUGUCAAAAUGGGUAAGUAUUUGUUAGAGGCCAAUGAAAUACAUUAGGAGGACACAUAUCAAGCCCAGUUGCUAUGUUCGAUUCAAAGUCAUUGGCUUUAGACAGAUCAUUGACAUGAUUAAUGUGUAAUUAAGGUUGAAGCACAGCCAUUCACCAGAUGUAAAAUAAAACUGAGCACCUCUCGAAGCCAUUUUGCUGCUGAAGCAUCCUAUGGUGAUCUUUAAUAAACUUCUCAUUGCCACUGUAGGCU